AUGGAAUUCGGUUCUAGGGAAGCUGUUAUUAAGGCGAUGAAGGAGUAUAACAUUCGAAGAAGUGUAGACUACCGGGUAUAUAAGUCGGAGCCGUUGACAUUUUAUGCGAAGUGUACACAGUAUGGGUCUGGGUGUGAUUGGCUUAUCAGGGUUAGCAUGAUCAGCAGAAAGCGUUGUUGGGUUAUACGGAGGUAUAACGGUAGUCACACUUGUACCAGAUCCACCAUUUCUCAGGAUCAUUCGAAGUUGGAUUCAAACACAAUUGCAGAAGCAAUAAAGCCGUUGGUUGAGGCUGACCCAUCACUAAAGGUAAAAUCAGUUAUUGCAGAAGUGCAAUCGAAGUUCAACUACACUGUCAGUUAUCGGAAAGCAUGGUUGGCUAAGCAGAAGGUCGUAGAAAAAAUAUUUGGAGGUUGGGAAGCAUCGUACGAAGCGUUGCCUAUAUGGUUUGAGGCUAUGUGUCAUAAGGAGCCAUCCGCUGUCGUCCAUUUUGAGACUAUGCCUACAUAUCAAGGUGAUGACUUGGUGAGUGAUAUCCGGGUAUUGCAUCGAGUCUUUUGGAGUUAUUACCCAUGCAUUAGAGCAUUCAGGCAUUGUAAGCCAGUUGUGCAGGUGGAUGGGACCCACUUGUACGGAAAGUAUAAGGGUUGUCUAUUAGUGGCAGUUUCACAAGACGGCAACAACAACAUUGCCCAAUUGCUUUUGCUAUUGUCGAGGGAGAGACUUCUGAUGCGUGGCACUUCUUUCUCAGUAACCUACGACAACAUGCAUAUUGAGUCAAACUUUCUGAGAAAAUUCAAGGCACCGUACUUGCAGAAACUUGUGGUUAAUAUAGGAUAUUCCCGGACGGUGCGCGAGUACGAAGUGCGUUAUCAGCGUCUACGAGAACGGGGUGAGGCUUACACCAACUGGUUAAACCGAAUCCCCCGGGAACAGUAUACAUUGGCAAUCGACGGUGGUUACCGAUGGGGUCACAUGAUGACAAACCUAGUCGAAUGUAUUAACUCUGUGCUGAAGGGUGCACGCAAUCUUCUUGAAGUGCGAGAGAUGCCUAGUGGAUUGGAGUAUGCAGUCGACCUCCGUCGGCAUCAAUGUGACUGUGGAGAGUUUCAGGUGGACCGGAUUCCGUGUCGACAUGUGUUUGCAUGUUGUGCAAAUCAACGACUGGACUGGCAACUGUUUAGGCCACUGGGAAAUCCUUCUACGUGGCCUGCUUACAACGGGCCACGAUUCGUACCCACUCCAUUCCUAAGACGCGUUGGCAAAGGUCGCCCCAAGAUGACUCGCUUCUUGAACGAGAUGGACACGCGAAUGUUGCGUCCUCCACGGAGAUGCAGGCAAUGUGGUGCUGAGGGACAUAGUCGUAAUAGAUGUCGUCGGUCAUCUGGUGCACCUGCCGAUCCUAAUGCUCAGUAG